CUUCCCUAUUCAGACGUCAUGUACAAUUUCUUUCCUUCUGUUUCUUCAUUGAAUCUUCCCUUCGUAUUUCGAAGUCUCAGGUUCUAUCUCUUCUGCUUCGCCCUCACAGCAUUCCAAUCGUGUUAUCAAGUGGGGCUCACCUCAGCUACUCUUGUGCGCCACAAGCGUCCCCAAGACAUAGACAUUUCCAGUGAUGGAAAUACGAUUCUCAUAGACCUUCGGACGAAAUGGAGGACGACAUAGAGCUUGGUCUGCCAGCGGCAGACAAGGCGGAUGAUAUUGGGCCCUACCCGCUGCAAGUCGAUUCGAAAGCGCCAGCUUCGAAAACCGCAACGGCGCAAGACCAUGAACCUCACAAUCAGCUGCAAACCCUCUCGAGCACGCAUACGAACCUUAUCUCCCUUUCAGAUGUCGAUUCUGUCGAUGUCCAAGUACGGGGCCUCGCUGUUAAAGUGGACAUUUCUCCGUCCGCCUUCUCGCUCUCCCAUUUCCUUCCUCGAAAACGAAGCCAAGAUGGCACGCCCUCCUCGAGUGCAAAGCAGAUCCUGCACUCAGUUUCUGCGUCGAUGCCGGCCGGCACGCUCACCGCGAUCAUUGGAGGAAGUGGAUCUGGCAAGACGACGAUGCUCAGUACAAUGGCGGAGCGCAUGACAAGUGGGCGGUUGAGUUUCGCGGGAACAACCACGUUCAACGGCAUGAAAGGCGUGAAUAGUGUGAGGAGUGCAUAUGUGAUGCAGCAGGAUGUUCUGAUACCGACAUUGACCGUUCGAGAGACACUGCGAUACUCUGCUGACUUGCGCCUUCCACCACCUACAACAGAGCAGGAGAGGCGGAAGGUUGUGGAGGAGGUCAUAUUGGAAUUGGGAUUAAAGGAAUGUGCAGACACAAGAAUUGGCAACCACCAGCAUAAGGGAUGUUCGGGAGGUGAAAAGAGGAGAACCAGUAUUGGAGUACAACUUCUGAGUAACCCGAGUGUUCUGUUUUUGGACGAGCCAACCACAGGCCUGGAUGCUACCAGUGCAUUUCAAUUGGUGAGAACGCUGAAGGAUCUGGCAAAGAAGGGGAGAACGAUCAUUACGACCAUCCAUCAACCGAGAUCUGAAAUAUGGGGAAUGCUUGAUGGGCUCGUGAUUCUAGCAAGAGGAAGUCCAGUCUAUUCCGGGAAGGCGGACGACAGUAUCCCAUGGUUCAAGAACGCUGGGAUGGAAUUACCACCAUUCGUCAAUCCGGCUGAGUUCCUAAUCGAUAUUGCUGCAAUUGACAAUCGUUCUCCUGAUCUUGAAGCCACCACUUCAGAGCGGGUAGAAAGACUCAAAUUGGCUUGGGUGGAUGAAAAUGAGAGGUUAUAUGGUACACCAGAUGAAAAGAACUUCUCGACAUCGGAACUUGCAGCUAUCCCCGUACCCUUGAGAGCACCAGUCCAUUCUCCAUUCAUCCGGCAGACGCGUGUCUUGACUUCUCGAGCUUUUGUAACUACAUAUCGAGAUCCAAUGGGUAUGGCUGGGUCAUUGGCAGAAGCCGUGUUGAUGGGCAUUCUGACCGGAUGGGUUUUCUUCGGUUUGUCAAAGGACGAAUCGGGAAUUCGAAGUCGACAAGGUGCUUUAUACAAUGCUGCCGGCCUGCAAGGAUAUCUCAUUCUGAUGUUUGAGACCUAUCGCCUUACGAUUGAUGUUCAGGUGUUUGAUCGGGAGCAUAAUGAGAACGUUGUGGAUGUGCUCCCGUUCCUGCUAAGCAGACGAAUUUCGCGGUUUAUUAUGGAAGAUUUCCCUGUUCCACUGGCUUACUCGACAAUAUUCUACUGGAUGGCAGGAUUCAGGGCCGAGGCAUCAACAUUCCUGAUCUUCUUCUCUAUCAUUUUUCUAAAUCAGUAUAUUGCCGUCACAUUUGCUUCAGUCUGCGUAGCUGCUGAUAGAAGCUUUGCCGUGGCUUCCUUGAUCGGCAAUAUGGGUUAUACAAUCCAAAGCUUUGCAUGUGGAUUCUUCAUCCAGGCCAACACCAUGCCGGUCUAUGUAAGGUGGCUAAAAUGGACAGCUUAUUGUUUCUACGCCUUUGGGGCUCUCUGCGCCAACGAAUUCAGAGGCCAAUUCUAUAACUGUCCGCUGCCCGGCGGGGAGUCAAAUCCAGCUUGUGCACCUUACACGAGUGCCUUCAUCAUGAACGCGCUGGGGUUUCCAUCAAACUGGAUCGCUAGGCCGAUCAUCAUCCUAGUUGGGUUCGUGGUGAUGUUUGCCUUUCUUUCCUGGGUUGGAUUCAGAUUCAUCCCAGUAGAAAUGAGCAUUGCCAAAGCAAGGGAAUCGAACACUGAUCUCUCUGCUGGGAAAGAGAAAAUGACUUUCAGAUCUGCGACCGAAGUGAGAACGGUGGAUAUUGGACUUGAUAAAUUUGCACUUGAUCUGGACAAGAGGACAAUGCGGGGAAAGAAGCUACCAACGAAGACCAUUUUGCAUCCUGUCACGGCGACAUUUCAAGCUGGACUCCUCAACGUUAUCAUGGGACCAUCUGGGAGCGGCAAGACGUCACUUCUCAAUGCAAUGGCUCUCCGCUUGCACAACAGUGCUGGGACUCGAUAUCGACAAUUCGGAGAUAUGACAUUCAAUGGAGCUGUCCCUUCGGACUCCGUUGUACGAUCAGUAUGCUCUUACGUCUGUCAAGACGAUGAUGCACUUCUACCGUCCCUCACAGUUCGUGAGACGUUACGGUUUUCCGCAGGCCUGCGACUGCCUUCCUUUAUGACCGAGGAUCAAAAGUACCAACGCGCAGAGGAGGUGCUCAUGAAAUUGGGUCUCAAGGAUUGUGCAGACAAUUUGAUUGGGUCUAAUGAGAUCAAGGGGAUAUCUGGAGGAGAGAAGAGACGAGUUUCGAUUGCUGUUCAGAUCCUGACAGAUCCAAGAGUACUUCUGCUGGAUGAACCCACAUCUGGCCUGGACGCUUUCACAGCAUCAUCUAUCAUGGAAGUCCUUCAAGGUCUCGCCCACGAAGGACGCACUCUGAUCCUCACCAUCCAUCAGUCGCGCUCUGAUCUCUUCAAGCAAUUCGGAAACGUCCUCCUUCUCGCCCGAGGAGGCUCCCCAGUAUACGCUGGGAAUGCCGCAGGUUUACUUCCCCAUUUCGACGCCCUCGGUUUCCCCUGCCCAACAACCACCAACCCCGCCGACUUUGCCCUCGACCUCAUAACCAUCGACCUCCAACAUUCGACCCGCGAAGAAGCCACGCGCGCAAAAGUCAGAAGCCUCAUCGCCUCCUGGUCCAGCGGCGACUUCGCCGCAGCCUUGAACCCAACCCGGAUCUCCACGCCCGCAGAACUUGGCGCCCUCAUCCGCAAACCCACCUCCUUCUUCUCCGCCUACCCCAUCCUCGUGCACCGCGGCUUCAUUAACUUCCGCCGUCAGCCACCCCUCCUGUUGGCGCGCAUCAUGCAAGUCAUUGGCCUAGCCAUCAUCUUGACCCUCUUCUUCGCCCCGCUGAAAAAUGACUAUGAGUCUGUGCAAACGCGAAUAGGCUUCAUACAGGAAUUCUGUGCCUUCAAUUUCGUUGGCAUGCUGCAGAACGUUGCUGUUUAUCCCAUGGAAAAAGAUGUUUUCUAUCGAGAACAUGACGAUGGGACAUAUGGAGUCGAAGCGUUCCUAGCACAGUAUAUCACGCUCGAGGUACCGUUUGAGAUCGGAACCAGUCUUGUGUUUGCCGUUUUGACAGAUCUUGCGGCUGGCUUGCCGAGGACGCCGCAGAUGUUCUUUGUGUGCUUUUUCAAUUGCUUCUGUAUUGUUAAUUCGGGUGAGAGUUUGGGGAUUAUGUUCAACACCCUCUUCUCCCACACCGGCUUCGCUGUCAACCUAACGUCCGUCUUCCUCUCCGUGGCGCAGUUCAUGUCCGGCGUGAUGUCAAUCAACAUGCCCUCCUUCCUUAAAGGCGUGAACUACUUGUCUCCCCUCCGCUACGCUGUCAGAAAUCUCGCUCCUUAUUCGCUCUCACAUAUCUUAUUUACCUGCUCUCAGCAACAGAGAUUACCGGAUGGCAAAUGUCCGAUCGAGAACGGGAAGGAGGUUUUAGGGCUGUAUCGGCUGGAUACGGAUCCGAGGUUGAAUUUGGCUAUGUUAGGUGUUGUUACGGUGUGUUAUAGGCUGCUGGCUUGGGGCUUGUUGAGGGUGGUCAGGGGGCAUUGGAAAUGGGGUGACACGGGGAAGUGGAGGGAGAGGAUGGGUUGUCGGGAGGGGAAUUCAGUCGCUGGACAUACUAGUACUGGGGUGGAGAACUGAUUUAUGAGAAAAUGAUGGCAUUUGGUAUGCGGCAUCUUUGUUAUACCCAUUCGAUUCACUCGUUAGAGAUGUCUUUAUGCAUCUUUGCCAUUUAGACGACAUGCUCUGGGAAAGAUAGUACACCAACAGGAUAAAAUACGGUUUGUUUCCCCAGCCCCUUUCUUCUGUUUUCC